CUCUCUCCUCCUUCCCACAAAUUUCUCCUUUCAAACAACUACCGAAACAGAAAUGACGGGAGCAAUCACAAUUUCUAUGGAAAUUCAAGUUGUAAUACAACUAACAACAUCUUCUUCCCCCUCCUCGUUGUAGCCGUUGGGCCAUGUGUUCGAUCCAAUACCAACCUAUUGUUGCCACCAUUCUCCCCCGGUCCUCCUCCUCCUCUCCCCUCUAUCCGUGAUUAUCAUUGGAAUGCAGCAUUUCCACAAAAUGGUGGCCUCACCCCCGAUAUGACGUCCUACCUUCCGGCAAUUUCCAUUCCCGUUGCAUGAUUAUAUCUCUUAAUGCAGUGAACCAAAGGGAGGCCGUAGCAUUCUAAAUUAGCCUCAAAAAGAUGAGUGACUUGUCAUCAGAACACACAGUUAGUAAGUCUAACAUGGACCUGGAUAUCAAGGGUUUUACCAGUUCAGCAUCUAAUUUUGCAUGUGAACGAAAGAAAUCAGAUACGGACAUGAAUAGCCUCAAUGUAAGUAGUGAAUCACAAUUUGGACCCCUCCACAUGGAUGCAAAUUUCCAAUCUAAAUCAAGUUCGACUCUGAAUGUUCAAAAAGUUGAUCUGGUAACCGUGUCUGGUUUAAAUCCUCCAAGUGAAACAUGUGCACCACAUGGCUCAAUUUCAGGGACGCAUUCUGAGCAUCUGAUGUCUACAUUAUCUUGUGGACCAUCCAUAAUGUCUAUGGCCACCAAGAUGAAUGAUCAUAUGAGUCCUCAAUUGGUCAUUAGCUGGGGUAGUGGCAGUAGCACGCGCAGUGACAGCAUAGAAAGUUCCACCACACAUCUUAAGCCCCACACUGGCGGUGAUGUUCGAUGGGAUGCCAUUAAUUCCGUCUCUUUAAAGGAUUCUCCACUUGGCCUUAGUAAUUUUCGACUCUUGAAGCGACUUGGUUAUGGAGACAUUGGAAGUGUCUAUCUUGUUGAACUUCGAGGAACUAACACUUAUUUUGCCAUGAAAGUGAUGGACAAAGGAUCUCUUGCAAGUCGAAACAAGCUACUUCGAGCUCAAACUGAGAGGGAGAUCCUCAGUCUUCUUGAUCACCCAUUCUUGCCUACCCUGUAUUCUUAUUUUGAAACUGAAAAAUUUUAUUGCUUGGUCAUGGAAUUUUGCAGUGGAGGUAAUCUUCAUACUCUUCGACAAAAGCAGCCCAACAAGUAUUUUUCUGAGGAUGCCGCUAGGUUUUAUGCAUCAGAAGUUCUGUUGGCACUUGAAUAUUUGCAUAUGCUGGGAAUUGUCUACAGGGAUCUAAAGCCAGAAAAUGUGCUGGUGAGAGAUGAGGGUCACAUUAUGCUCUCUGACUUUGACCUGUCACUUCGUUGCUCGGUCAGUCCUACACUAGUCAAAUCUUCAUCUGUGCAUGCAGGAAAUGCCAGUUCUAAUGCUGGUGGCAUUUUAGAUGACGAGAAUGCAGUGCAUGGAUGUAUGCAGCCAUCAGCUUUUCUCCCUCGUAUCCUUCCUAGCAAAAAGAAUCGGAAGUCUAAAUCAGAUUUUGGUCUCUUCGUUGGUGGAGCCCUCCCAGAGCUGAUGGCCGAGCCAACUAAUGUGAGGUCAAUGUCUUUUGUCGGAACACAUGAAUACCUAGCCCCAGAGAUAAUACGAGGUGAGGGUCAUGGCAGUGCAGUGGAUUGGUGGACAUUUGGAAUCUUCUUAUAUGAGCUUUUGCAUGGGACAACUCCUUUUAAGGGGUCUGGGAAUAGGGCGACAUUGUUCAAUGUCGUAGGCCAACCGUUACGAUUCCCAGAAGCUCCACAAGUGAGCUUCCCAGCUCGUGAUCUAAUAAGAGGGCUCUUGGUUAAAGAGCCACACAAGAGAAUUGCAUACAAGAGGGGCGCCACAGAGAUAAAGCAACACGCAUUUUUUGAAGGUGUGAACUGGGCUUUAGUCAGGAGUGCACAACCACCCCACAUCCCUGAACCUGUAGAUUUCGGGCAUUUUGCUAAUAAAGAGGCAGCCCAUUCAGACAAGAAGAUGGCAGAGAUUGCAACUGAUAAAAACAAAAGUAGUUCUAGUGAUCCUUCAUACGUAGAAUUUGAAUACUUCUAGGGGCAAUGGUUCUAAUAAAGUUAUGAUGUUCUCGGCAUCUGGUUUUGUGGUUAAACUGUACAAAAGAGGAAACGUAGCACAUAAUUUGUCAAUCCUGGUUUAGAGCAGAAAAUGAGAAGUAAAAACUUUUGUAUCAGUGGUUUUACUUGUAUGUUAUCCUGGUCUUCCCCAGAGAAAAAGCUGAGUCCUGUGCUUAAU